UCAGUUUUUUAAAUAUGUCUUUCCGGAGGGGGUGGAUACCGUCAUCGUCAAAGUCAACUCAGACGUGAACUUCCCCUGCUCCGUCAUGUCUGUUCAGGACAUCCAGUGCCCCGUCUAUGACCUUGACAACAACGUGGCCUUUAUUGGGAUGUACCAGACUAUGACCAAGAAGGGUGCCAUCACUGUGCAGAAGAAGGAUUUCCCUAGCAACAGUUUCUACGUGGUGGUGGUGGUAAAAACUGAGGACGAGGCUUGUGGCGGCCCGCUGCGCUUCUACCCUCUGCGCCCCGAUGAGCUGAUUGACGCUGGAAACCGCACCAAGGACCUCGACGUGGUCGUCUCACCUGCAAUUGAUUCUGAGAAGUACUGGAUGGGGGUGUUGUUUUGUAGCGGGAUCUUCCUCUCGUUCUAUGUGUUGACGCUGCUGGUCACCUGCGUGGAAAACAAGCGAAUGAAAAUGAAAGAGAAGUUUGAGACCAAACCAGACAUGUCGCCUGCUGAGACGGCCUCCCUUCUUUGGAAGAACGGCGAUGGAAAGAUUCCAGCCUCUCCGUACGAGUAUGGCUCCUUUGCGGACAACGGCAGCACGCUGAGCUCCGAGGCCAUCACUGACAGCGCCACAUCAACCGACAACAACUACGGAUACCUGGAGCGAUCACUGGACAGCAUUGCACGGAGCAGGCAGGAGUCGUUAAGCUCUGUGGAGGAGGAUGACUACGACACGCUGGACGACAUCGACUCCGACAAAAACAUCGUCCGCACAAAGAAGUACCUGUGUGUGGCUGACCUGGCUCGCAAAGACAAGAGGGUUCUCAGCAAGAAGUACCAAAUCUACUUCUGGAACAUCGCCACCAUAGCUGUGUUCUACGCGCUCCCCGUCAUCCAGCUGGUCAUCACCUAUCAGACGGUCGUCAACGUGACAGGAAAUCAAGACAUCUGCUACUAUAACUUCCUGUGCGCCCACCCCCUGGGUGCUCUGAGUGCGUUCAACAACAUCCUCAGUAACCUUGGCUACGUGUUGCUGGGGCUCCUGUUCCUCUUCAUCGUCCUAAAGAGAGACGUCGCACACAAACGGGCGCUGGAUCGCAACAACCUCAACGCGCUGGAGUGUGGCAUUCCGAAGCAUUUCGGGGUUUACUACGCCAUGGGAACCGCGCUGAUGAUGGAGGGCUUGCUCAGUGCGUGCUACCAUGUCUGUCCAAACUACACCAACUUCCAGUUUGACACCUCCUUCAUGUACAUGAUCGCAGGGCUGUGCAUGUUGAAGCUGUAUCAGAAGAGACACCCCGACAUCAACGCCAGUGCCUACACCGCCUACGCCUGCCUGGCGGCGGUCAUCUUUUUCUCCGUGCUGGGGGUGGUUUUUGGGAAAGGAAACAUGGUGUUCUGGAUCGUUUUCUCUGUCAUCCACAUCCUGGCCACCCUGUUCCUCAGCACACAGCUCUACUACAUGGGCCGAUGGCGGCUCGACUCUGGUGUCCUGCGCCGCAUCGUUUAUGUGCUCUACACUGACUGCAUCAGACAGUGCAGUGGACCCAUGUACAUCGACCGUAUGGUGCUGCUUGUAAUGGGUAAUAUAGUCAACUGGUCUCUCGCCGCCUACGGGCUCAUAGAGAGACCCAACGACUUCGCCUCCUACCUGCUGGCCAUCGCCAUCUGCAACCUGCUGCUUUACUUUGCCUUCUACAUCAUCAUGAAGCUGCGGAGCGGCGAGAGAAUCAAAUGUCUGCCGUUGGUGUGUAUUCUCUUCACGGCGGUGGUGUGGGGGUUCGCGCUCUACUUCUUCUUCCAGGGACUCAGCACCUGGCAGAAAACUCCAGCUGAGUCUCGAGAGCAUAACCGAGACUGCAUCCUGUUGUCUUUCUUUGACGACCACGACAUCUGGCACUUCCUGUCCUCCAUCGCCAUGUUCGGGUCCUUCCUGGUCCUGCUGACCAUGGACGACGACCUCGACACCGUUCAGAGAGACAAGAUCUACGUCUUCUAAACCCGUUGGGUUUUCUUUGAGGAGCUCGGCUCAUCCUCUCUGCCUUAUCACCUGUUUCCUCUGUAGAAGCACAGCCAGUAGCCUGUUCAGCUAGCAGGCCUCUGCCUCUCAGAGCCACCCCCUCGCCCCCACCUGGGAGGACACACAUGUGCCAUUUCAGAGCUGAAUCGUCGAUCGAUGCUGAAGUGUUUCGUCCUCCUGCCGCCAUCAUGGAUGUUACUGUUGCUCUCCAUGUUUACGUCCUGCUGCUGCUGAUGAUGAAGACAACAAUGCAAACACUGAACUUGUGUCUCCAUUCUUUUUCUACGGUUCUGAAUAUGGAUGAGCCUGCAGGAAAAGAUGCGUUUUGGAUGCUGUGAUGCCGGCGAAUGCGUUUACAAACGUUUGUAACCCGUCCAAUCUGCCAGUGGCCUUCUGUGUUCUAAUCAUGUCAGUCAUACUGCUCUCUGAUUGGUCAGCUCCUCUAACUAUCCGUCCCUGAUGAUUGUAUUUAAUAUCUGACUGCCCUCGUGUGCGACUGAGGAGCUGGUUUGUUUUUUUGCACUGUUCUGUAUGAAAACUAGAUCCUACCGUCCGACUUUAAGGAGUGGGUACUAAAUAAACGGUUGUUUUUCAGAAAUAUGGCUCCUU